AUACAAAGGAGCGGCCGCUGCAGGGCAGGCAAGGGGAGAGGCAGACACAAGGGGACAGCCUGCAAAAGGGAGCUAACUCCCCGGGGGCUGCGGAGCCCCCCCGGUGCCCCCAAUAAACCCUGGAGGCCGAGCCAGCUGGAGAACACCCGUCACACCCCCCCCGCGUGGAGGACAGCAACCUGGACACUGACUGUGUGUUACCUCCCACUCCCCAGGGGACAUCUAUUCCAGCUCUUGGAAGCAACUGAAAACACUCUGCUUCCCACCCCGUUUUUUUCGCGGAGGCUAAAAUCUGGACAGUGUUCGUUGUCAUCUCCCUCCUAACUAUUAGCGAUUUCCACCCAAAGAGGGAUAAGUCUUGGAAAUAAACCUACCAAGAGGGGGCGAAAUCUAGGGGAGGAAAAGAUUUUUGGAAGUUGAUCCACGCCCCCUUCCUCCCGUUUUUUUUGUUUUGUUUAGGACACUUAAAAAAUUCUUAUUCUGCAGGGCACAGGUUCCCAGCUUCCUAGGAAAUCCUCUGGACGGCGAGGAGCUGAUUUGAAAGAAUAAUAAUAAUAAUACAAGGAUACAGCUGGGCCCAGUUUGCUUUUCCUGGUUUUUGUGUGUGAAGAUGCUAUCCUACAGCGUGCUGGACGCAAAUGUGGUGGAUGUGGAGAAAAGGCGAAACCCUUCUAAGCACUAUGUAUAUAUCAUAAAUGUAACAUGGUCUGACUCAACUUCCCAGAUCAUCUACCGGAGAUACAGCAAAUUCUUUGACCUGCAGAUGCAGCUUCUGGAUAAAUUCCCCAUUGAAGGAGGCCAGAAAGACCCCAAGCAGAGGAUCAUCCCCUUUUUACCAGGUAAAAUCCUGUUCCGGAGGAGUCAUAUUCGAGAUGUAGCUGUGAAGAGACUGAAGCCCAUUGAUGAAUAUUGCAGGGCACUCGUCAGGCUUCCUCCUCACAUUUCACAGUGUGAUGAAGUCUUUAGGUUCUUUGAGGCUCGACCAGAGGACAUCAACCCUCCGAAAGAGGAAUAUGGAUCCUCAAAAAGAAAAUCAGUUUGGAUGUCCAGUUUCUCUGAGACUCCAAGGAAGAAUGUUACAGGUGCUGAUGCUAGUUCUGAACCCAUGAUCCUGGAGCAGUAUGUGGUGGUGUCCAGCUAUGAGAAACAGGAGAACUCUGAGAUCAGCCUUCAGGCUGGGGAAGUCGUGGAUGUAAUAGAGAAAAACGAAAGCGGUUGGUGGUUUGUGAGCACAGCAGAGGAACAGGGCUGGGUCCCUGCCACAUACCUGGAAUCCCAAAAUGGCACUAGAGAUGAUUCAGAAAUUAACACAUCCAAAGCUGGGGAAGUUUCUAAGCGACGCAAGGCUCACCUGAGACGCCUGGACCGGCGAUGGACGCUGGGCGGGAUAGUCAACAGGCAGCAGAGUCGAGAAGAGAAAUAUGUCACAAUCCAACCGUACACCAGCCAAGGGAAGGAUGAGAUUGGGUUUGAAAAAGGGGUCACCGUGGAGGUCAUCCAAAAGAACCUGGAAGGAUGGUGGUACAUAAGGCAUCUAGGUAAAGAAGGCUGGGCCCCAGCAUCCUACCUGAAGAAGGCUAAAGAUGAUCUUCCAUCUAGGAAAAAGAACUUAACUGGGCCAGUGGAAAUUAUAGGCAACAUUAUGGAGAUCAGUAACCUGCUGAACAAGAAACCAUCCAGCGACAAGGAAACCCAAGCAGAAAACGAAAUGGUGGAAUCCCACAUCACAAAGAAAGAAAUUAGCUUACCCAUCUUGUGCAAUGACUCUAAUGGCAAUGCCAUGAUGACCUCAGACAAGCAGGCUUCGAAACUGGCUCAGGGAUCCCCUGCUGUAGCGAGGAUCGCACCACAAAGAGCUCAAAUAAGCUCUCCAAAUCUAAGAACUAGGCCUCCACCACGGAGAGAAUCCAGUCUGGGCUUCCAGUUGCCUAAACCACCUGAGCCGCCAUCAGUGGAGGUGGAAUACUACACCAUUGCAGAAUUCCAGUCUUGUAUUUCUGAUGGAAUAAGCUUUCGUGGAGGACAAAAGGCAGAGGUUAUUGAUAAGAACUCUGGUGGCUGGUGGUAUGUACAGAUUGGAGAGAAAGAAGGGUGGGCUCCAGCAUCUUACAUUGAUAAAAGGAAGAAGCCCAAUUUAAACAGAAGAACCAGUACUCUAACCCGACCCAAGGUCCCUCCUCCAGCACCUCCCAGUAAACCAAAAGACAUGGAAGAAGGAACAGUUCCUGGGACUGUUUCAUCAGGAGAAGUCCAGGACUCCCCACAAAAGCUCAGAUAUGAAGAACCAGAGUACGAUGUGCCUGCCUUUGGCUUUGACUCGGAGUCUGAGGUGCAUGAAAGCCAUGGAGAUGAUAGUUCCUUGGAAAAACGUCUGUUUCAGCCACUUAAGCCAUCUCCUGUCUCAUCCCUGCAGAGGGCAAAGUUCAGAGUUGGUGAGUCUUCAGAGGAUGUUGCUCGUGAAGAAGAGAUUAUCUAUGAAAAUGAGGGAUUCAGGCCUUAUGUGGAGGACACUUCAUCAUGUAAAGAAUCCAGCGGAGACUCGGAUUCCCAAAAAAGCUCCUCUGUGUCUUUAAUUCGAAGAAACUCUCCAUGCUCCAGUUCUCCCAAAUCAUCGCUCCUGAAGCUCAAAUCUGACAAAAGCAUUCAGCCCGAUCUUGGAAAAUGUCACUACUCCAGGAAUGACGAGAUAAAACCCAGAUCAGCCUCAGAUGUUGGCUUACGUAGCAUGCCAAGAACAAGUGCGAAGAAGGAGCCUGGACAGAGCCCCUCAACGAAAGCAAAGCCAAUGGUUAGACCUAAGCCCUUCCUCAAUAAGGCAGAUUCUCAGAGCCAAGAAAAAAUGGAUAUCAGCACUUUAAGGCGUCAGCUGAGGCCAACUGGGCAGCUCAGAGGUGGACUUCAAGGUUCAAGAAGUGAAGAGUCUGAAAGCCCUCCACAAAUAGCUCCUGAGAGCCAAGAUGACUCCCUUAAAAGAAGCUCCGCAGAUCUCAUUACAUCUCCUUCCCAUGCCAUUUUUUGCUCUAACCAUCCAGCCAAGCCAGAGCAAGAGAAUGACACAAAAUGUUUUUAUUUGACCUCUGACUCUUACCAAAAGGUUCAGGAUUCUGAACUCUGCUUCCCAGCAGGAGUGGAAGUGGAAGUGUUGGAAAAGCAAGCUAGUGGAUGGUGGUACAUGAAAUAUGGAGAUAUGGAAGGGUGGGCUCCUUCCCACUACCUCGUACUUGCCGAUAACCAACAAGAAGAAACUUCAGAGACCAGCAUCUCGCUGGCCAGGAACAGAAGAAAUGAAAGCAAGUCAAACAGCUUGGAGAAGAUAGAGAAAAGAGUUCAGGCUUUGAACACCAUCAACCAGAGCAAAAGAGCAAUGCCCCCAAUUCCAAGCAAACCCCCUGGUGGCUUUUCCAAAACUUCAGGGGCUGUGAAAAUGAGGAAUGGAGUGAGACAGUUAGCAGUGAGGCCACAGUCUGUGUUCGUCUCCCCGCCCCCAAAGGAUAAUAACCUGUCCUGCUCCCUGCGCAGGAACGAAUCCUUAACUACUACAGACCAUCUAAGGGCUGUCCGCCGGAAUUCCUCUUUCAGCAGUGCGCGAUCACAGCCUGGUGACUCGAAGGCAAAGCAGACAGAUCAAUCGGGCAUAGAGGGAUUGGAGACAACCUCCAACCUAUCCACUCAGCGCAAUGGAAUCCCGGUGUCCACUGUCUGGCCAAAGCCCCUUGAAAAAUCCCAGUUCAUCCACAACAACCUCAAGGAUAUCUACGUUUCCAUUGCAGACUAUGAGGGGGAUGAGGAGACGGCAGGGUUUCAGGAAGGUGUCUGCAUGGAGGUCCUGGAAAGAAACCCAAAUGGUUGGUGGUACUGUCAGAUCAUGGAUGGUGGGAAACCAUUUAAAGGCUGGGUGCCCUCAAAUUAUUUGGAGAAAAAAAAUUAAUGUUGCAAUAUCUUUAAAUUCUCUAAUUUAUACUGUUCCUGCUGUGUACAUCUGGAAAAAAAAUUGCUACACCCACAAAUUUUUUCCCCAUGCUCUAGUUUGUGCAAAGGGACUGACUGAUUAUGCUGUGCAGUGUUUGCAGAGCUUUAUGGGGUUAACGUGGCCUGAAGGAAUUUAAGCAAAGAAAAAGAUGAUAGUCAAAUUUUUUUUUUGAAGCUGUUAAUAAUCCUGUGUGUAACAGGGUAUGAUAUCCCAUCUUUCCUGUUAAUGGUAGGAAACCAAACGUGUGCCUUUGCGAGAGAUACAAACUGAUGUAUCCACUUGAGGAAAUCGUUGGGGCGGAGUUUAGUGCCAAACUUAGACGUUUUAGAAUCUCGGCUUCCUCUCUCCUUCCUCUCAUCUCCACGUGGAAUAUCCAGAAGUUUUGAAUGUGUUUUCACAACUUUUAACUGUGCAAAGUGAGUGGGAAUUUGAUUCUAAAAUGCAGAGGAGAACCCCAGCCCUUUCUAGAAGCUCAGAUUUUUCACUCUUCUCAACAGUCAGUUCCAACGUUGGAGCCUUUUCAUCGUAGAGAGAUUUGGUCUCUGACUUCAACCACAGUUUGUCAUUAUUACUAAACCUCAGAAAUGACAUUCAGGAGGCAUUUUGGGUUUUUUUGGCUGCCUUUUGUUCUGUCUCUAGGCUCUUGAGUUGACACCAGGUGUUCUUAUGGCCUGUAGGGCUACCAGGUGCUUGCAAACACACCACAAAAACAAACCUAUGGACAAAACUUUGUGAACAAUGAUUACUUUAAAUACUCCUUGUUUAGUUCAGUGUGGUGACUCCUGCCAAGAGAUCCAGGUUGAUUCUCUUUCCUGAGCUGGGUUUUUCCAAAUUUGUCACAAUUUUUAAGUAUUCAAAAUGCCUCUGAGGCCUCAAAGAAGAAAAACAA